ACAUGGACAAAUUGGUGCUGUAUACGAAUAAGAAAAGCCCACCCUGCAGAGCGGUGAAGUUGACCGCGAGGGCCCUAGGAAUCGAGCUGAUCGAGAAGGAAAUGACACUGAUUCGUGGUGACAAGCUGAUGGAGGAGUUCAUGAAGGUCAGCCCACAACACACGAUACCAGUGCUGGAUGAUAGUGGAACCAUUAUCACGGCAAGUCACGCCAUCAUGAUCUAUCUCGUGUGCAAGUACGGCCAAGAUGACAGCCUGUAUCCGAGUGAUCUCGUACGGCGGGCUCGCGUCCACACGGCGCUUCAUCUGGAGUCGGGAGUCAUCUUUUCGCGGCUAAGUUUCUUAUUCGAACCGGUAAUUUACGCGGGUAAAUCAUACUUCCACUCCGAUCGUGUCGAACACAUCCGCAAAGCGUACCAAUUGCUCGAGGACUCGCUAGUGGAUGAUUACGUGGUCGGGAACAGCAUGACGAUCGCGGACUUUAGCUCCAUCUCGAGUAUCGCUUCUUUGGUGGGUGUUGUGCCUCUGGAUGAGGUGAAAUUUCCAAAAAUCGCUGCCUGGAUCGGUCGCAUGAAGGAACUUCCGUACUACGAUGAAGCCAACGGAAUGGGUGCUCUGGAGCUUGCCGAUUUUGUGCUGGGGAAGAAAGAAGCAAAUGCCGCACAGUACUUGUGA